UUGGAUUGGGGCAGAGAGGCUCCAUCGAGCGGCCAUUUUGGAUAGGGGCAGAGAAGCCGGUGGAGGCGACCGAGAGCGACACGCGCGGUGUGGGGAGGGGCUGGAGCUUUAUGCAGACUCAGCACCUGAAAAACCAGGCGAGGAGGCGACGGCAGUGCGGUGAUGAGGAUAUGAACACAGAUUUCUCUAAAACCAUAGUCCCCAGCAAUUUGGAGAUCAUGGUGUUACUGGGGCAGGCUCAUGCCAUGGAACGCCAAUUCUGGGCCCGGGAAACAAGCACAGAGUGGUGGGACUGCAUAGUGUUGCAGGGGCUCUGUUUGAACUGAUAAUCAUGGCAUCCAGCAAGUUUGUUAUUAAGAUGGGGACUGAAGCACAGAGAUUAAGUGACUUUCCAAGGUCACACAGGAAGUCUGUGACAGAACAGAGAAUUGAACUCAGCUCUCCUGAGUCCACUCCAGUGCUGUGACCACAAGACCAUCCAUCCCUCAUCAGUUCGGUUUCUUAAGAUGAAAAGUUUAUUGCAGAUGGUCUGGAGUGGAUGCAGGAGAAGGGUUGCUUUUGCCUUUGGAUGCCUUUUUCAUUAAGAAAAGUACUUAUGUCCAUUACGUUAAGCAUUGAGCUUGAGGAACAUGUGUGGGAACUUUGCUGUCCUAGUGGAUUUUCAUAUUUUGCCUCAAGGCUCCAGUAGAGACUCCAGCUGGUUUUCAGAUCAUGAGAAGGAGGAACUGUGCUUGCUGCUAAAAGACACUAUUGAUUCAAGAGUCAAGCACUACUUAGAAGCUCGUAAACACCGUGGCCAGUGGAAACACACGGAAUGCACACAAGCCAUUCCCUUGUUCCUAAAAGGUGGCAAUUUUCACAUUACAGCCUACUUCAUAAAGAGAUGGGUCAAUCUCCGUUGUGUGGUGGGGAAGCAGUAUCGCGAGCUGCGUGUAUUUCCAGACAAAUUUGUGGUUUGUGUCACUAGACUUGAAUCUAAUCCCAGUCUUUGGACAAGCAAAAAUGGAGCACUGCAGAAAGAAAAGCUUUCUAGUGGGACCUCUGAAUAUUUUGCUGAAUCUACUGAAAACAAAAAAUGUAAAAUUCCUCCGACUCGAGAGAUAAAGCAAGACAUCUUGCAAAAGAUUGUGAAAAGGACAGAAACAAGGAACAGUGACAUGAGCAAACCUCAAACCAGCAAGGACACAAUGCAAGUGUAUCUUGGCUCAGGGGACUCGGAGAUAGGGAGCAGGAAGAAGGAACAUCAAGCUCCUUCCGAUCCUCAGUCUGAAGUAAAAUGUAGGAGUAUAGGACAACCAAAGGAUUGCAUGAAUACAGCUGAGAGCAACUCGGAGCUUCCUGCCUUAGAACUGGAAAAUCAUGUUAAUCAGAGACAGCCAGAUGAUGCUAGCAGCCAGCAAACACUUCACUCCGCAGAGUGGUUAAAGAUGAGACUUCUAAGCAGUAACCCUCCAUGUAGCUGUGAGUCAGCACUGCCAGGUCCAAAAGAAAGUCAAAGAAUGACUAAAACACAGAAUCAACAAAAGAGUUGUGGUUCAGAGGAAGGGUUAGACCAUUGCAAGAAAGUAUCUUCUGAACAGGGUCAUUUAAUCCCCAGAGACGUAGAAAGGAAAAAGAGCAACUCUGAUUGUUUAGAACCAUCUUCGGAGGAGAAGUCCCUACUGAAUCCCAAGUUGUUUUCUAAGCAAGACUUGGCAAAAGCCAUGUCUGAUGAAGAGUCACUUACUUUGGGAAAAAUUCCCCCAAGACCUGUUUUCAUAAAAAAUAAUAUACCAGUAAUACAGACAAACCAAAAUGAGCCAGCCGCAACCACUGAAGAAUUAUCCCUAAUGCCGCUAUCCUCUUAUUUAAAAUUUAACUUCAAACCUUCAGAGAAACUUAUCCAAAAAAGAAAGAAAGAGGGAGAAGAUGGGCCCAGAAAGUUAAAACUACGGAGACUUAAGAAGUAAUGAUGUAUUAAAUAUUACCAAGGUGAAAUCAGUUGUGCAACCAAACUUGUAUUCAAUGGACCGACAUAUAUGGUGAGUUUUUAGGAAGCAGUUCUAAAUAAAGAGAAGUGAUCAAAA